CGCGUCCCGCGGGGCUCCGUGUGCCUGCCCCGCCGGGACACCCGCCCUCGGCGGCUCCGUCUUCUAGAGGGGACCCCGGCCCUAGAGGGAGGGCGGGCAAUGCAGGGUGCCCCUCUUCUCGAUGGGGCGGGCAAAGGUGGCUCCUCUUCUCCCAUAGCCCCUUCCCCGUCCUGGCGUGUCGGCACCAGGUACCAGAAGCACGUUGGGACAGAAAUUAGAGAUCUCUGCACCUUGUUUGGCCCAGGCAGCUGCUUCUGGAAAGGCCGUGAUUUUGUGUUUGUUAUUAUGUGCUCUGCGCAAUACAGACGCCCCCCGGCAGAGAUGGGAUGGAGAUCACUGAGAUGCCCAGGGUGAUAACCACGAGCCAGGAUUUCCCACUGGCAUGCAGUGGACUUGGUUUUCAGAGGCUGUAGUUAGGUGAACAGCUGAGCCAUCUUCCAAUAUGAGCGAAUCUGAGCAACUCAGGCUGGCGUAACUUUUUAUGAACAUGAAAACUGAAUAUGGAAUUUGAGCUGGUAUGGACAGGUCACACUAGCCAAUCAGCUCAGAAAGCUGCACAUAUGCAGAAGUUGUAGCUGCUGUUGAUGUGAACACUCUUGCCAAUGAUGUUUAUAAGCAUAACUUUCCCAGCACGCCAUUAUGGGCAAAGACUAUUGAGGGCAUAACACUGAAAGAAUUUGACCGACUAUCUUUUGAUAUGAUUUUGAUGAGUCCUCCCUGUCAGCCGUUUACAAGAAUUGGCCUGCAAGGUGAUGUGUCUGAUCCACGGACAAAGAGCUUUCUCUAUAUCCUUGAUAUUCUCCCAAGGCUUCAGAAGCUUCCAAAAUACCUACUUUUAGAAAAUGUUAAAGGAUUUGAAUCCUCUUCUGCAAGAAAUGAACUUUUGCAAACACUAGCAACAUGUGGAUUUAAAUAUCAGGAAUUUCUCUUGUCUCCAACCUGUCUUGGCAUUCCAAAUUCUAGGCUGCGGUAUUUUCUAAUUGCGAAGCUUCACGAAGAACCAUUUUCCUUUCAAGCUCCUGGUCAAAUAUUGACAAGAUUCCCAGAUCAGGGUCCAGAAGAUUUACUCCAGGAAAAAGUCGCUGACAAAGUGGUAGAAACCAGUUCUUCUUUGUCCUCUGAGGAAAAGCAUCUGGAUCCAAACAUUGGUCCAGAUUGCAGCAGUAAGAAGAGUUUACCAAAAGGAGCCUUUCUAUUUAAGCUUGAAACAGUAGAAGAAAUGGAAAGGAAACAUAAUCAGGAUAAUGAUUCCUCUAUUCAAAUGCUAAAAGACUUCUUGGAAGAGGAAAAUAAAGAAAUGAGUCAGUAUUUCUUACCACCCAAGUCCUUACUGCGCUAUGCUUUCUUGUUGGACAUUGUUAAACCCACCUGCCGGAGAUCCACGUGCUUUACAAAAGGGUAUGGACACUAUGUAGAAGGCACUGGCUCAGUCCUGCAGACAGCAGUGGAUGUACAGCUUGAAUCAGUGUUUAAACACAUUGAUGAGUUACCAGAAGAUGAGAAGCUUAUGAAAUUGUCAACACUAAAACUGAGGUACUUUACCCCAAGAGAAAUAGCAAAUCUUCAUGGAUUCCCUUUGGAAUUUGGUUUUCCUGAAAAGUUAACAAUAAAGCAAUGCUAUCGCCUACUGGGAAACAGCCUCAACGUACACGUGGUGGCAAAAUUGAUCUCCAUUCUACUUGAAUAAUUUAGAACCUGAAACUGAUGCAUAUGGACUGGUGACAGAAAAUAUUCCAUCUUUUUGGAGAAAACUGAUGGAACCUGGACAAAAACCAGAGCUUAGCAAGAUAUUUAUCCAGGCAUUUGGCUGAACAGUUUUGAUAUAUUUUUAAUAACUUGCAUGCAUGAUGGAUUUGAACUGUAUAGGUGUUUUAUUUAAUUGGCAGUUUACAGGACUUAUUUGCUUUAUUUAAAUGAUUUUUUUAGUUUGCAGAAUGAAAAAUAGCAGCAUAUGCAAAUACUUCAAUUAGAAAGGAUAAGAUUAUUUAUUUUUUUAUCUUAAAACCAUUUUCUCAGUACUGUGUGAAACUGUGUCAAAGCUGUUUUAAUUAGGUGCAGAGACCAAGUUCUACAUGUAAAAUGUCUUCAUCUUUAAAUGUAAGUGAUGCAUUCUGAAAAGGUUUACUGUAUAUAUGAUCUGAAAUUUUGAUGUGAUUUUUGUAGCUCACAAAAGUAUUAAAUUCAGUAUUUUAUAUACAAUUUUUAACAUGUAGUAGUGUUCUUUAUGGUUGUCUCAUCUUCUUUAAAUGCUUAUAGGAUUCUGGAACCCAACUGUAUUUGUCUAGAAUGAUUUGUUUAGGUGCAGCUGAAUGAAAAUUUUGCAUUAUCACAAGCCUUACAAAACUUCCCUGUUUCUCUUCUCAUAUUAUUCAGGAUAAGAUCAUUACCAAAAACCUACAUGUAAAAAAAUUAAAAAAAAUUAAAGCUCCGUUUUUAGGUUCCUGUGACAUAAGAACUGGAGAGGAAACUGUGGAGGCUGCACAGCGCCUCAUAGAGCUGGACUCAGUGAGUUUGUAAUCAAGUCUUGUGAGUUCAGUACCUGUGAAAUAACAGAGAAAGUUAUGGGAAAACUGAGAGCCCUCUAAAGAAGUAUGUGUUCUAGUUGUUUUCUUUCCUUGAGAUUUUCUCAUUGGUAUCUAGAUUAAAAGCAGCUUGAGUGAGGAAGAGGCAAGGUGAUACCUAGCAAGUAUCCUUAGGGAGAUUAUGUGCCAGAAGACAGAAGGAUUUUGUAGCUGAUCAUAGUUCCUGUGCACCUAAGCAGUCAAAGCUACCAGUCCUGAAAAUGAAUGAGUUUUCUUCCCCCUCUCCUCCCCACCCAUGGGAUAUCACAGGAGCAGUCAUGGUUUGUUCCAUCUGGACUUGGUAGUGCAGGAGAAAGUGAAGACCACAGAGAACUGAGCUGCUGUAGAGAUACUGCAGCUACUUUAAUCCGCUGUAGUCCUGAAAACAAUUUCAGAAUGAAUUUAUGUCAAUAAAUUCACACUGUUUUUUCUUAUGAUGACUCCUGCAUAUUUCUUCUUCAGUCUUGAUUUGCAUGUUGCUUGUGGACCAGUAAACCAGGGAAAGUUUGGCUUGACCUACUUCAGCCUGUCUGAUUCUCCAGCAGCAUGUUGACCGCUUGGGCGAUUCCAGUUGUGAAAGAGAAAUGGAAACGGUUUCUCCUGGAAGUGCUCU